ACUUUGGUCGCUACUGCUACUGACGUCGCUACGAUCUAACGAUUCAGUUUAACCUCAAAGUAGUAAUGGCAUAUUUAUAAUAUCUGCGAAACGGGAUUACGUUUUUAUGUAUUCCAUCAGUGUACAACAAAGUGAUUCUAACAUGAUCAAGGCAAUUUUAGUGUUCAAUAAUUAUGGCAAACCACGACUUUCUAAAUUUUAUCAAUACUUUAAUGAAGACAUGCAGCAGCAAAUCAUCAAAGAGACAUUCCAGCUUGUCUCGAAACGAGAUGACAAUGUAUGCAAUUUUUUGGAGGGAGGAAGCCUCAUCGGUGGAUCUGAUUACAAAUUGAUAUAUCGUCACUACGCAACACUGUAUUUUGUCUUCUGCGUUGAUAGUUCAGAGUCUGAAUUAGGAAUACUGGAUUUGAUACAAGUAUUUGUUGAAACAUUGGACAAAUGUUUUGAGAAUGUUUGCGAAUUGGACCUGAUAUUUCAUGUCGAUAAAGUUCACUAUAUAUUGAACGAACUUGUGAUGGGCGGCAUGGUACUUGAAACAAAUAUGACAGAAAUCCUCACACGAAUCGAAGACCAAAACAAGCUGGAAAAACAAGAGGCGGGAAUAACGGCGGCACCAGCCCGUGCGGUAUCUGCGGUGAAGAACAUGAACAUCCCGCAACAAAUAAAAGACAUGAAAUUACCUGACCUACCACAGGCGAUAAAGGACCUCAAAUUCUGACCAGCCGUCACGUCGCUGGCACCCAGCUGACUAAAUAUCCCUUUAUACCCGCCAGUAAUAUCCUCUGUCCGAGUCGCAGCUACAUCACUUUCUGCUAGUCAGACAGGGGAAAGUGCACCGAUGCUCCCAACAGUGUCAAACCAUGUUUCAUCCACCGUUUUUCAUUGCUAUCAGUGAUGAAAAUUGGUUGCGAUCGAAUUUGUUUUAAAGGAGAAAAAAUGCCUCCAUCUAUUCUACCUACAAACCACUCCUGUUUGUCUUAUCAAAGUUUUUGUUUGAAAGCAACCGAAUCGCUAGUGUACGUCCGAAGAUUGCACUGUCAUUAUUAUUAUUGUUAUUAUUAUGACUAUUAUUUUACAUUAUGAAUAUUUUUUUGCAGAUCAAAUGUAUUUUAUAAUAAAGCGCAUCUCGAAGAAACGAGGUGGAUAUAUAUAGAUAUAUAUAAACUCUAUAUAAAAUAUAUAAAUUUAUACAGUAUGGAUCACUAUUGACCAUUGAUAAUAAGAAGAAGCUGCUUUUCAUCAACGCAGAUGUUGAUCGAAAUUAUUAUUCAUACGAUGGAAGACAAAAGCCUUUGAUUAGCUAAAUCGUAGAAUAGUUUUGGAGCAACAGCUGACCAGUUGAGAUUUUAGCUAAGAGACCUCGGCUGUUUACCUUCAUAUUUUGUGUCGAUUUGGGGUCAAUUCGAUAACAUCGGUACGCUGUUGUAAUAAGACUAUGUUAAUAACAACAUACAGGAGUCUGUUAAUAUCUUUGAAAUGUAUCCAUUCCACAUUGAAGUAAAUUUCAAUGAAGAUCAUUGGCUCAUAAAAAAGACGUAUUCAUAUCUCCACCACUGUCUAGUGGACCUACGCUAAUUUUAAGGGCAAUAUUAAAGUGUAAUAUACGCAUUGAUGGAACACAUAGAAUCUUAACUAUGUAUGUAUAUUAUUGUCAUUUACGAGUUGUGAAUAUUGAAGAGAAAAAAGAGAAAGGAAGAAAUUCUGUGAUACUAUGUUCUCUAUGGUACAGACGGUAUAUGAUAGAUAAAUCUAGGUGCAUGAUAAAACAACAUGAUACUGAAAAUCGUACUUGAACCAGUUUGAGUUAACCUGCGGUCUCUUCUAGGCUUGAUACUAUAUUAUAACUUCUGAACGAAGGAGAAAAAAGUCGCAUAAUAGUAAAACAAUAAUGAAAGUAAUAUUAUUAUGAAAUAUGAACAAGCGUGGUAACUUUAGCGACGACUAAGUGGCAUCAAUUGUCACACCCAUGAUACCAUAAAUUCUGAAAAAUUAAUUGGACAGAUACUACAAUUUGUAACAAGUCCAAAAUAAUGGCGGCAGAAAUUGUAGACUUCAUACAAAAAUGACGAAUACAACUCUUUUUAUAAUCAAUCAUUUCCACCAUCUACAAUAUUGUUAAGUGCCGUAUGGUGUACCGAAUAAUAAUAUUAAACACGACUAUAUCUCUGA